CACCUCAUCCCGAAAGCAUACCUAUAUACACUGCCCUCUAUUCCGCACAAUCUAUGUAGUUCCACCCGCAACCUAAGCAACUUGCCAUCACUGCCUACCCUCAACUACCCAACAUACACUCAAAUAGACACCACCUGCACGAACACCACUCAAUCUAAUAUCACCGCUACCGCUCUGCCACAUCUUACAUCCCCCUCCAAUCUCACCCACUGUUUCUCAGGAAUGAGUAAGCAAGGUUUCCAUACCGGCUCAGGUUGUUGGUCUAAGUCCCGGACUAAUAUAAUUCCAGAUUUGUCGGGUGCCUCGACACCAUAAAUCCAACACAAACAAAACCCCGCGGUCACCUCGACUUACGACAACCCACUUUCCAACCGACACCCCACUCUCUCACAACACCCGUGAAGUUCGACGCCGCAUCUUCAAGCAUCCGGCACUAACGGCUCGCAAGCCAUGGGUGACAACAAUUCUGGACGAGAAAUUGGAUACUCUGGACCCCAGAGUAUGCCAUAUGGUGGCAUAGUCAAUUCAACAACAAACAACGUAUAUGGCUCUUUGGGCCAGACGGUAAGUGAUACAUACCCAUAUUGCCACCCCCCGCCAGACGCACGACUGGGCUAUCUCCCAGCUCGCCAAGCAACCAUCCCCCGUAGCCACACAGCAGAUCCGUGGAAUAUGCCAGGUCGCGGUGCCUCUAUGGCUAGCCAUGUCGGCAACAAUGGUCUUUACAUACCCGAUGCUGUCCAGAAUCUUUCAGGACCUGCGAACACCCCGAAUCAAACUUCGCCGACUAUCUCUGCUGCCGCAGCUGCCAACUCAUUCCCUUUCCCUCCAAUGCAAAAAAUCCCUCCAAUCCAGCUUUUCUCAGUCAGCCGCCCGGUUUCAGGAUCGAAGAAUGUGCGGAGUGGUAGUCCCUACAUGCGAACCGCGUCUCUCGCCGCAGAUGGAUAUGGAUCUACCUCAGUGGUGGGAAGGGAUGACCGUCGAAACCCGUUCAUGGGAAAUCCCUCCGUUCCAGAAAACAAUGGAGCUGUGCCACGUCGUGGAAGCCAUGAUGCCCAGGUUAGCCAGAAUGCGUACAUCCCCACACCGUCUGGUAGUGUCGAAGCUACCAACGCAAACGCGAACAGCUCGGACGGAAGCAGCAACGUACGAGAUGGAUCCAAGAAAAUCAGGGCUACCCAGUCUUCUACCAACCUUCGUAGAUUGGAGCCUGCGACAUCGUUGGGUGGUAAUGUCUUCGGGACCACGGCUCCUUCCUCGCCCUCCCUCCCCACGAUGACACUUCAACACCCUCUGGGCUCUGGCUCACGGGAGACACAUGGCUCCGGCCCGCGAUACCACCGAACUAUUUCUAUCAAUGGAGGUGGGAAAAUCGCCCACAUGGCCCGCGAUUUCAUGUGCAUGCACGACGUCGAGUACAACACUGCGGGUUCAACAAGGCUUCGCCGAAAUACUUCCUCCACCACCACCCACCCAGCCGUUCCCGAGCAAAACCAAACCCGUGAGCCCAGUUCCAUGGCACCACCUCCACUACCCACUCGCGUGAGUGAGCCGAAGUCCGCACGUAAAGCUGGAGAAACCGGAGAGCAGAACGAGACUCGCGAGGGCUAUACGGAAGAUCCGCAAUCCAACGCAUCUACCGAAGAAACUAUUUUCCCUUCCUCCCCAGCUCCACACUACCCCGGCUACGCAAACCUAACUAUCCAGCCCAUCCCCAUCGAAGAUGCGUAUGAGAUCGAUAUGAAGAUGUGCUCGAGGGACGACGAUGGUGUCUUGAGGGCUCCCGAGCCAGACGUCAUGACGGAGCAGGCGGCGGAUUUGGAGUUUUUCUUGUCAAAUGAGAAUCUUGGUCCGGGUUAUGAUGUGACUAAGAUGAAAAGGCGGUACUGGACGAAGUGA